AUGAAAGAGAUUAGAAAGAUAAAGAAAAUAAUUGUUGUUUUAUUGGGAACUGGUUUGGCCGUUGGCAGUUGCGAUUUACUAAUUCAAAAUGACAUUGAAGUGGCUCAGAUACACGCACAAUCUAGUUCCGAACUAACUUCUGGUGGGAGUUGGACUAGUAGUUCUUCUGAGCAUAUCUCAAUAAUAACUGAUUUGGCCGAAAAUAGUACAAAUGAAGAUAGCUCGAGUAAUUAUGCAAUGUUUACUUGUGACUCUAGUUUAAACGGUCAUGGGUUGAACUUUCAUUUUACAGUGGACCAAUUGAAUUGUUCGGUAAAUCAGAAAGAUGUUUAUCGUGAGCCAGAGACUGGUGCAUUUCUUUUGAACUAUGGUAACAUGCUUCGUGCCCGGACACGGGAAGGUAUAUAUCUCUUUUCGGUCUACGAAGACUUUAGUACUUCUCUUCAAACUCGGCUUAUUAAGAUAGAUAUAGUUAGAAAUGACGAAGUACCGACUAUUAGAAAAAUGCUUCAUUACUUGUUCCGGGAUAUUUUCCCUGCUACUUGCCAAGACUGCGUUAACAUUUCGUUUGUCUGGGAAACACACGAUGGCUUACAUAACGUGACUACCGAUACGACCAAGCUUUUUAAUGACGCCCAAAUAGAUCCGAACCGGGAUCUCCCUUUGUUUUUGAUGGUUAAUCCUACCUUUGCGAAAUCACAACCAUCGAUUGUGUCAGUUAAAGACGGGUUCAUGCAAAAUACUCCUACCCCGCCCAGCGAUUGUACUGAUCGAAAAAUAGCGGCUCAAAAGAGUGACUGGGCCCAAAACUCUUCUACUACUAACCCAAUACUAGCUCAAGAAGAAGUAGUAGGAAAGGACGGCUCUAAUGAAUAUUGCGUCUUAGACUAUUAUGACGUUAUAGUAUCUAUUCGGAUGCGAUUUCUGACUAUUGCUGUUCUAACGUAUGAUUGCGUUUACUGUAAAGAGUGGCAUCCAAGUCGAGUGCUAUGCAUACGAAUAGAAGAGAAUGCCUGGGCGGCAGCUAUUCCGCCUAAACGGCCAGACUACUAUGCUGAAGGAUCCUUGGCCCACUUGCUGCAUUCGAGCUUGAAGUGCUACAUAGUUGUUAACAUGGCGAAGGGCUACUGCUUAAGCUUUUUGACUCUGGUACCGAAUCUUACGAUUAUAAAUUCGCAUUGGGAAGUGUUGAGCCAACUUGAUCGGUUUGUGAUUUGGGAGAACAACCAGGGGGUUGAGUUACAGAAGAUGCAUGAUUGUUUCCUAUUGGCCAAGGAGAUCUACAUAACCCAUAGUUGCUGGCAUAAAUUGCUACCAAAUAUUUCGAACUAUCAAUCUAGUCACUCGCUGCCGAUUAAAUUCAAGAUAAAUAUAAACCCUGCUGAACACGUCGGUGUACAUGUUCUGUUUAGGCAAUUUGAAAUCCAGUCGGUCGAAGUAUUCAAUCCAAAUAACAUGAAAGAUGAUGGCCGUAUAAUCUGGGCUGAAGCAAUAGUUGAAGAACUGAUGAAGGCGCUCCGGUACGACUCAACCGCCGCACUGCCCAAGAUAACAUACAAUAAUGCAUCUUUUUCGUUUGAAUCUAGAUCAGAAACUACUAACCAAGAUACUAACACAAUCCAAGAGCCACCGAGCAAGCGCCAAAAGAUCUCUUUUAGUUCUAUCCAAACCAGUACAUCUGCCUUGGGCUCCCAGUCGAGAUAUAGCACUACAAGCCCGUUACAAAGCCAAGACAGCCAUGGGACCAGUUUGCUUCAAAACACUAACUCAUCCGGCUGUCCAGACAGCCCAUCUUCCAGCACCAUUGACCCGGCAAUCCAGUCUAAUAUUAAUGCAGCUUGUUUCGACCACCCAUACCAUCUCACUUCACAGUCAGCCCACGACCAAUAUAAUCUAGCGCCAUCUCAGCCCAGUUCAGAUUUAACCUACGAUCAGAUCAACGCAAUAAUAACCGAAUCCUUUCCAGAGCUAACUCAGAAUCAACUUAAUCCCGCACUCCUCCAACCCCUUCCAGAGCUGUCUCAAGGUCAACUUGAUCCAAUCCAAGCCAACUCUAAUGCAGAAUCAGCACUACCAGCACAACCCACCCCAAUACUAACCCAGUCUAAUCCACUACCAAACCAACCCGAUGAUUCAAUGCAAGAUCAAGUUGACUCAACAGAAAGCCAACUUGAAUUGAUAGUAGCCGAAUGGGAUUUAGAUUUAGAUUUAGAUUCGGAUUUAGAUUUGGAUUCGGAUUUAGACUUGGAUUUAGAUCAAUUAUGCCCACCAGACGAUGUUGUUGACUUGGAUUUAACUCAAGAUACAGUUAAUACAUCAUCAUAUGACCGUCUUGCCGAUUCCACCCAAAACCUAUCCUGUCGGUCUUAA